GCCGUCCACGAUUUUCGAACCCCUACAGAGAGUGGUGUCGAUUGUCAAGCGGAACUCGGUCGAGGGUGAGGGAAGAGGCCCAAAUGUUGAAUGCGAAUGUCGGCUAACUGGGCCACUAGGUUGGGGGGGUGGAAGGGAGGCGAGUGGGCGAUGAGUGGAGGAGAGAAGCCCCCUCUCUCCGCUGUGGCCCGCUGUGAGCGUGGCAGAGGCUUGCCAAAGGAGGACUUUUGGCUGCACCAGAGUGAGUGACUGCCCUGGACGUUUCGCUCGACGAUCCAAGCUGGGGCCUUCCAAAAUGGGAAGUGAGCUCUUGCUGGCUCCAAUAGCGCCUUCACUCAUACAAGCCCUAAUUAACGGAACGGAACAUGAGCAUGGAACGAGGCAAAGUUUGUUCGCUCAAGAGGGCAACAGCACUCGGUGCUUUGGAGGCAUUCUGGGCGUUCGGGAGCACUGGCGGGCCAGAACGAGUCCAAAACCAGAUGUUUUUUUUCGGGCUAGCCAAGUUUCGACUUCGCCUUCCAGUCGGUCGGCCCAGUGGCAGCGAGCGCAGCGCCAAAUUGUUGAAACCUCUUUAGGAGCGAACGGACACAGUGCGGGGCUACCUACAGCUCGGGCCAGCUUAGGAUGUUGUUCGAUAUCUUCCGGGGGGUGGGGGUUAGCAGAGAGUGUCGCUUUUACAGGUAGUGUAGUCACUAGAACACUGCCACUAGGCACCAAAGAUUGUGCGACAUUGAGGGCUCAGGAGACAUCUUCCAGCAUUCUCGGAUUACUGCCGAAUAACCCUGCCUACACAGUGCGUCCCUCUACCGCCUCGGGUGGUGUCUUGCUCGCUCUCCUUCCUUCCCAAUCCAGGAAGACGUCUUACGGCAGGGCUUUCUUUCUCGAGUCGGCGACAGAGAUUGCCUCUGGUGAGAGCCACGUAUUUCUAACCUCGAUCAGGGCCUCGUUUUCCUGGUUUUAAUCUUUACAUAUAGGCCUUCUGAAACGUUGAAAUAUUCUAUGCAAAAUAGCUUCAAAGAUCUAACGAGAAACUCUGAAUGCUUUUCGCCAGCUCGCAUUUCAAGGUACGGAUAAGGUGGUCGCUGCCCACACACAAACCAUCCAGUGACCGCAUCUAGCCACCCCCUCACAAUCUUCCUCCUUUCAGUUUCCCAACACCGAGUUUCCCUCCUACCCGACCUAGGCUAGUGCGCAGUCACGCUGUGCUAAC